ACAAACGUCGUACUUAUGAUGGUUGGCAGUGUAGUGAUAUAUUUACUGGCCGAAAGGCACUCCGUUGAACCGCCUCCUGAGAGGACCGCGCGACCCACGAUGGCGGCGCCCGCAGGAACAUUAAACUGUGAGGACUUUGCCAUGUUUCAGGAGGUGCUGAAGGCGAUGCGCACCAUCGACGACCGUAUCGUCCACUCCCUCAACACCAGCGUGCCCACGGUCUCCUUCUCGGACAAAGUGGACGCCACACAGACGUGCAAGCAGCUCUACCAAUCGAUGAUGGAGGCUCACCUGAGGCGGGACAAAGCCAUCAAGGUGUGCAUCAGCCAAGCCUCAGAGCUGGUGGCACACCUGAGAGAAGCCAGGAGCAAAGAUGGCGACAACUUGGCUCUCAUCAAGCAGCUGAGAAAAGAACAGACCAAAUUGAAGCUCAUGCAGUCAGAGCUCAAUGUUGAAGAAGUUGUCAACGAUAGAAGCCUGAAGGUGUUCAAUGAAAGGUGCAGGAUCCACUACACGCCUCCGAAGGUGAAGUGACUGCGGACCAAAGACUCCACGGACCCUGAAACUGUGACCUGCCGCCGCCAUCUUGGCUCCAGACUGCUGGGACCUUCCUGUUCCUGCCGCGUCUCGCUCGUGUCCUCUUGUGGUUUUUGUGCUGUGAAAACAUUCUUCCAUGUGCUUCUUUCAUCACAGAAAUAUGUUUUUUAAAGCCAUAUAAUGAAAUGUUUUCAAAAGAA